AUGAGUGGCUUUCAAAGAAGGAGAGCAACUAGAGGGGAAUUAGAACAGGGUCAGAGGGAGAUGAAGGUAGCAGAUGAAAGAAUGAAAUCUGAAGCUGAAAGUAGGGGCGAAUUGCCAAUACACAAUGGGCCUGAAGAUGAACCUGAGGAAAAACGGAAAGGGGAACCAUCUCCACCGAAAGGGGAUAAGAGAGAUGAACCUUUAAAAGGCACCCCGGCAAAGAGCUCCAAUCAGGGUUCAGGCGUCAAGGCAUUGCAACCUCCUACACAACCUCCUCCCGAUCCUCCUGUUGACCCUUCACGUCAAGAUCUGGUGAGCUUCACUGAGAAGAAUAUGUCCGUCGACAAAGGCGAUGGCAAGAAUGUUGAUGGCACAUCUGCAAGGACCACCAGGGCCCAGCAAGAGAGGGGCAUGGAGUUUUUGAGAAUGCAAGCGAUGAGAGAUCAAGAAGAGAAAGAGGAAUGCAGGGGACAAAUUCAGCUGUUGAUAGAAGAGAAUUUUGCAACUUCUGAGGAACAGCCCGACAAAGCCAGCCCAGGAUUUGAGCUGCAGGGUUCAAGACCCCAAAGGAGCACGAUGAAGACCUUUGACAUCAAGGUGGUCAUUGCAGGCCGCUGUGAAAGUUUGGAGCUGAAGCCCAUGGAGUCAGAACAGAAUCUUUGGAAGAUGGUUUUGGUCAGAGAAGAUUUUCAAGAAGCAGAGGAAGAACUGAUUUCCAAUGGCCGCGUCAUUGGACUUGUGAUGACGUAUGUUGAUGACAUUUUCAUUGUGGCAGAGGAGAAUGUCGCCAAGACGCUUGCCCAGAGGUUUCAGGACACAUGGGCCACCACUCAACCAGAAUGGGUGGGUGAAACGCCGGUGAGGUUCCUUGGCCUGGAGGUGGCUUGCCAUCAGAUUGAGGCCGCCAAUUGCAUCAAAGAAACAGCUGCGCAGAUGAGAUCAUACCUCAAAGGAACUGCAGGUGAGGGCCUUCGAUACAAGGAAAAGAUCGAAGAUCCCAUCACUUUGUAUGUGCACUCAGGCUCCAGCUUUGCUCCUGAGUCAAAUGAAUCGCAUGGAUCAUUUGUGGUCAUGGUCAGACAGGGUACGAUCACCUUGAGCACUGCGGAAUCAGAGCUGAUGGGGCUGGUGGAAGCGAUGGUUGCCGGUGAAUCAGUUUUUGUGGUGCUGGCUGAAUUGCUCGGCGAUGUCAAUAAGGUGGCAUUGUGCGAUUCUCAGGCUGCUCUGGCCAUUUUGGUCGCUGAAGGUAUACGCCAUGUUCCUGGUGAAAGGAUGCUGGCUGACUUGGGCACGAAGGCGUUGGCUUCGACCCGAAUGGAAGCUUUGAAAAAGAUGAUGGGCAUGGGAACGGCUCAAGCCAAAAAAGAGGUUUCAAUUCCAGACAAGGAUGAGGAGGAAAUCAAGACCAGCUCAAAACUGGUCACAAUGAUGGCCCUCAAGCUCAUCACCAUGGCGGCCACGUUGUCAGCAUCACGAGCUCAAAAUGAUGAAGAAGAAUGGCCUAAGGUCUGUGGAAGGUAG